AUGGGUGUAUCUGAUCAUGCCGGAGCAACAGUCUGUGUGGAGAGGAUCAUUCUGGAUGAACUUAAACUAGAUGAAGUAGCCCAACGGCAGACUGAAAUCCAGCGGUCCUCUAUAAAGGAGAAGAUCUGUGACUCUGUAAGGUGCUCUGUGGGACAGUGGAAGAUUUGGAUUCUAAAGUGGAUACCGCUUCUCUCCUGGAUCCCCCAGUAUUCUGUUCGGGAGAACGGACUUGGUGACCUGGUUUCAGGUGUCAGCGUGGGAAUCAUGCAUCUGCCUCAGGGUUGCCUACACAGUAUGAAAACUGAUUUGCGUUCCUUAAAUGUUCCAGGAACCUUUGCAGUGAUUAGCAUAAUGAUCGGGAGCGUCUCAGAGCGAUUGGCUCCUGACGAUCACUUUCUGACCAAUGGGACAAAUGGAUCAGUCGUCAUGGACACGGAGGCGCGAGAUGUUCAGCGAGUGAAAGUGGCUGCAGCAACAACCUUAUUGUGCGGCAUAUUUCAGGUUCUGUUGGGUCUGGUUCGGUUCGGGUUCGUAGUGACGUAUCUCUCGGAGCCCUUAGUGCGGGGCUACACGACAGGUGCGGCCACUCACGUGAUCACCUCUCAACUCAAAUACAUGUUUGGAGUUUCACCCAGACGAUUCAGUGGACCCCUGCAGCUGAUAUAUACUCUGGUGGAACUGGGCAGGUUAUUACCACAGACUCACAUUGCCACUCUUCUGAUCAGUCUGGUGGCUCUCACAGCUCUGAUCAUUGUGAAAGAGAUCAACUCCUGCUACAGUCACAGAUUACUCCUCCCUGUUCCCAUAGAGCUCAUGGUGAUUAUUGCAGGGACACUUGUUUCUCAUUAUGCUGAUCUGAGAGCUGUUAAUGGUGUCGACGUGGUGGGAGAAAUUCCCAGUGGACUGGUGCCACCCAGAGUUCCAGAGGUAGGUUUCUUCUCCUCGGUGGUUGGAGACGCGUUUGCUGUGGCUGUGGUGGGAUACGCCAUCAGCAUUUCUCUAGGCAAGACUUUUGCUCUCAAACAUGGAUAUAAAGUCGACAGCAAUCAGGAGUUGGUGGCGUUGGGGCUCAGUAACACCAUUGGUGGCUUUUUCCAGUGCUACUCCGUCACUUCCUCCAUGUCUCGCAGUCUUGUGCAGGAGAGCACUGGGGGAAAGACACAGGUGGCUGGCAUGAUAUCUGCUGUUAUUGUGUUCAUUACAGUUUUGAAGCUUGGUCCACUUUUUGAGCAACUGCCCACAGCUGUGCUGUCCAGCAUUGUGUUUGUGAAUCUGAAGGGAAUGUUCAUGCAGUGUCAGGAUAUUCCUGCUCUUUGGAGGAGCAGCAGAGUAGAUCUGCUAGUGUGGCUGGUGACGUUUCUCUGUACUGUUCUGUUGAAUCUGGACCUGGGUCUGGCAGCUUCCAUCAUCUUCACACUGCUCACUGUGAUCUGCAGGACCCAGCGUCCCAGGUACUCUUUGCUUGGCAGGGUGUCUGACACAGAACUGUACUUAGAAACAGAGUCAUAUAAAGAGGCUAAAGCAAUCCCAGGUAUCACUAUCUUCCGUUCCUCUGCAAUGAUCUACUAUGCAAAUGCUGAACUCUAUCAAGAGGCUCUAUUAAAGAAGAGUGGAAUUAAUGUUCCAAAGCUGCUCAAACUGAAAACGAGGAAAGAGGAGGAGAAUGCAAAAAAGAAACAAGUGAAGGAACAAGAUAAACAGACUGGAGUUCUGAGAGAGCUGGCGAACAGAAUGAUGGUCUCCAUGAAGAAUGCGAGUGAAUCUGUGCACUGUCACGGAACGGACCAGGAAUGCAUCAUCAAUGACAGCGGCAUAGCAACAGUAACCCACGGUAACAUGAACUGCAGCUUCCAGCCAGAGCAGGACUCUGAGGAGGAGAAUCGGGACGAGACAGACACACACUCCUCCAGCUGUGAUGGUGUGCAGGAACACACACACUCCAUCAUCCUGGACUUCAGUCCCGUCAGCUUCAUCGACACGGUCACCCUAAAAACACUGAAAAACAUUUUUCAAGAUUUUGCAGAGGUUGAUGUCACGGUUUACAUCGCUGGAUGCCGAGUGUGUGUAGUGCAGCAGUUGGAGCGAGGCGGAUUCUUCUCAGAGUCCAUCUCAAAAAGUCGCCUUUUCCCAUCUAUCCAUGACGCUGUGCUGCACUGCCUGUGUCGGUCUCAGAGAGAUCGGUCCGGAUCUGAAUUUGCACUGGAAAUGCCCUGCGUUACGAGGUUGUGACCAGCAGGUGUCAGUCUGUCCUCCAGCUUGACUGACGGGCCUAAUAGAUGCAUCAGGAUGAUAGAAGCCUAAAACUAAUCACAACAAAACAAAAAUACCCAUCAAGGCUCACAGCCAUAUAUCAGACGUUUAUAUCAUAAAACAUAGCUUUCAAUACGAUGGACGUUGACUGUCUUAGUGUGGCAUAUAAUGGACAUGUGGUUUUUACAGCUUUAUAAUAAGGAAAAGUUGUGUAGAAAGUCUACAAAUUUUAGUAGUAGAUGCCAGGUAACUUAAAAAACUGUCAAACACGGAGCAGGUAUCCAUUCUCUUUGAAUAAGUGUAAUACUACAAAUAACAGUCUUAUCUACACAUUU